GGGAGCUGCUCCCCGUCUCCCUACACCCUCACCCAUCGCCAUAAAUACCCACCCGGUCUGAUGUGAAAAACUCUUCCACCUACCAUGUUAACACAAAUUUCUCGAAAUCUUCUUCAACGUCGUCUUCCCUCUAUUGCUUCAACUCAAUGUUCAAAAAGAACAUAUGCAACUGAAGCUAAAAGGCACCUCGUCAACAUCGUAGAAGUGGGGCCACGAGACGGACUGCAGAAUGAAAAAGGCGUUAUUCCGGUUAGCGUCAAGGUCGAACUGAUCAAUCGUCUUUCUCUCGCUGGAUGCCAAAACAUCGAAACCGGAAGUUUCGUCAGUCCUAAAUGGGUUCCCCAGAUGGCCGGAACAGCAGAAGUCAUAACUGAUAUCGAACGUAUCCCCAAUGUUCACUAUGCAGUUUUAGUUCCGAAUGCGAAAGGACUAGAAAACCUUUCCACUCUCUUGGCGGCGUACAACUCCUCUGAAUUAGCGGAAACAACCCCACCACCUGCGGAUGAAAUAUCGAUCUUCACUGCUGCGACGGAUGCGUUCACUCGUGCUAACCUGAACACGUCGAUAAGCGAGUCAUUGAUAAGGUUGGCACCUGUGGCCAAGUCGGCGAUCGAUAUGGGUUUAAGGGUUCGUGGAUACGUCAGCGUGGCUAUCGCUUGCCCUUACACUGGCGCGGUGAGCCCUGAGAAGGUAAGAGAGGUGGCGAAGGAGUUGAUAGAGAUGGGAUGUUACGAAGUCAGUCUUGGAGACACGGUGGGUAUGGGUACACCUGCACAGGUGUCUACAAUGUUGGAGGAAGUUAAGAAGGAUAUUCCCGUUGAAAAGCUGGCAGGACAUGUAAGCGUCAUAUUCAACAAAUCUCUACCAUUCUGACUUGCUUUCGGAUAGUUUCAUGACACCUACGGAACGGCAAUUGCCAACGUUUUCACUGCACUUUCUCAUGGCGUCCGCACAAUUGACUCUGCCGUGGGUGGCUUAGGCGGCUGUCCAUACUCACCAGGGGCUACAGGGAAUGUUGCGACAGAAGACGUCGUCUAUGCUCUGCGUGGUUCCCAGUACAGCAUUUCUGGUUCAGAAUACGGCAAUGGCACUCUCGAUUUAGAUAAAUUAGUAGAGGCUGGAUGGUGGAUCAAUGCAAAGCUGGGUAGGGAGAGUAACAGCCGGGCAGGACGCGCUCUCCGAGCGAAAAAGUUGAGAGAGGAAGGGAUGAAUAAGGAUGGUGAGAUGCGGGCGAAACUUUAAUAUGUUUAACUAUUCAGAUCAUAGGAUCUCAUUGUUUGUACAUAGUUCUCAUUGACUUUCGUAGCUAUCUGGAUAAACAA